AUGCCACCAGCGUCUCAACUUACUAUAAAAAAUAAAUUAUUUGAAGUUGUUUCGCAAGUAGAGUCUGAUCUUUUGAAUUCUCAACAAAAUAAUGCUUUUCAAGAACUUCAUUCACAACAGAUACAACAAAAUAUCUACAGUCGACCUCAGUCUUUUUCUACGUGGUCAUACGGCGAAAGUUCAUGUGCAGGUACUUCUCGCGACAGUUCAGUUUCUGAAAAUGUUGAGAACCAAGAUGAUAUUGUUCAUUAUAUAAAUACUCAUACAGAAUAA